AAUACGUUCGAACCGCCAGGAGAACCAAGCCCAUCAAACAGUGCUCAAAGUCAAAGCAAAUACACCAAGGACGCAAGGAUAUUAUAAGAAAAGGAUUAUAGUUCCUAGUGAUAUAAACAGUUUAGUUUUGUGAACAAUAUAAAAACACGUUAAUGAAAUACAGAAAUAAUCGUGGCACCAUCUUGCAAAUACAGUUCAGAACAUUCCUAAGAUACCAUAAUCCAUCUUCGAUUCCAUUUGAGUGCUAAAAUAAAGACAACAACUGAAAGAUUUCGAAUUUAACGAAUUGGAAAAUAAAUUAAACGAGUUUGCACAAACGUUGCCGGGUGAAAAGUCGUCGUCGUCGGAAGGAGAUAGUCUUCCCCCCAAGUUUUCAUCUUCGCUCCUAACUUCCGGUCACCUCAGGAUCCAGGAUGUUCGCCACUCAGGACACCAUUCUAAAGUUGCUGACUCUGUGCGCCCUGGCACAUUCUAUAACCGCCUUGGCGUUGCAGGAAAAGUCCCCGGUUAGCUCUGGAUCCGGAGCUUCCUUGGACCCCAGUCACAAGUAUCUGAUUGUGCGGGGCGAAGGAUCGCAGCAAGGAUCUUCGGGUUCACAGGAGCAUGUGGAGUUCGAUAAUGCCGCCACCCUGCUUCUGCGCGCCUACAAGAACCAGCAGGUGCCUGCUUCGAAUGAGCUUGAGGAGUGCAGUGCUCCCAGCCACAAGGCCACCUUUUCCGGCUACGAUUAUGUGAUCCUGCUGGGCAUGCUGGUCAUCUCUCUGGGUAUUGGCAUCUUCUAUGGCUUCUUCCAGAAGGGUGGCAGCUCCUCCAACGAAUUCCUGUUGGGCUCUGAAAUGAACAUCUUCCCAGUGACCCUGAGCUUGACCACCAGCUUCAUUACGGCCAUAGAAUUGCUGGGAAAUCCUUCCGAGAUGUACUUCCAGGGUACCCAGUUCGUCCUCAUCGUUAUUCCCAUGAUUCUAGUCAUUCCGGUGGCUGUGAAGAUCUUUUAUCCCAUAUACUUCAAGAUGGAACUCACCAGUUGCUAUGAGUACCUGGGCAUUCGGUUUGGCAAGGAGAUCCGGAUUCUGGGUGCAGUACUCUAUGUUAUACAGAUGUGCUUCUAUACAGCGGUGGCUGUCCUGGCUCCGGCCAUAGCUCUUUCCAAGGCCACCGGCCUGGACACCAAGAUCGCCGUGGUCCUGAUCUAUGUGGUCUGCGUCUUUUACUCUUCUCAGGGAGGCAUGAAGGCUGUGGUUAUUGCGGAUUCUUUCCAGGCUGCUGUCCUGGCUGUAUCCUGUUUAAUCGUAGGACUGGGCUGUUUCUAUAGCGGCACUCCAAUCCAGGUCUUUCAAACUGCGGCCAAGCACAAUCGCCUGGAGUUUUUCAACAUGGACCCCGAUCCCACGACCCGUCACACUGUCUGGUCGGUGGUUAUUGGUGGUUUCUUCUACUGGACCUCUCUGUUUUGCACCAACCAAGCCUCCGUACAGAAGUGCAUGUCCUUAAAGUCCUUGAAGUUAGCCAAGAUAGCGCUGGGCUUUGCCAUUAUUGGACUAAUUGCAGUCUUCCUGCUAAACUUUUACACGGGUUUGAUGGUCUUUACCCAUUAUGCGGACUGUGAUCCUUUGACGGCAGGACGCAUCUCGGCCACGGAUCAACUGCUGCCGUACUAUGUGAUCAACACCUAUGAGCACAUCUACUCCAUCGCAGGAAUCUUUGUGGCCGGCAUCUUUGCCGCCAGUUUGGGAACUGUGGCCUCCGCCUUGAACUCCCUGUCCGCGGUGACCUGCGAGGAUCUCUUGGUCAAUGGUAUGAAUAUUAAAAUCUCCCCUGAAAAGGGAGCCACCUAUGUCAAGUGGAUGUCCUUGGGCUUUGGCAUUGCCUCCUUUGGCCUGGUCUUUAUUGUGGAGCAUCUUGGAGGAGUCUUACAGGCAACUCUUACCUUAAACGGUUUGAUUGGCGGUGUUACUCUGGGUUUGUUUGUCUUGGGAAUUGCCUAACAGGCCAAUACCAAGGGUGCCUUCUAUGGAGGAUUAUUGUCGCUAGUCCUGGUCAUUUUUGUGGGCGUUGUGGCCCAAAUCGUUAGCGUGGAACAACCUUCAUUGCCCACAUCCAUCGAUAACUGCGAUUGUCAUGUCAACAUGACGAAUAUCAUCGGAGAUUUGCUUACGGCUGUGGAGAUCAUUGAGGAGGGAGGAUUCACAACCUGGCCUAUCUUCCGGCUAAGCUACAUGUGGUACAGCAAUGGCUGCCUGCUCACCGUCUUCCUGGGCUGGCUUAUCUCACUGAUAAUCGACUUCAUCCAAAGACGCAAUGUGCUAAAGAUCACGAACAAGGGCAUCGAUAAUCCCGCCGUUUCCGAGGAGGUCUUUAAGAGCGAUCCACAGGUGCAAUAUACCACCAGCAGCACUGUGACCACCACCACGGCAGUGGAUAUCAAAGAGACUACAAGUGGCGAGGGCCAUGUGAACUACGCCAUUCGCAUCGACGACGAAUAGAACUCGAGAGACCCCAUGAGUCCUGAGAAACGAAUUCACACACCUGUGUGUGCAUUCCUCUUGUGUAACCUGUAACCUCUAUGUACAAAGACCAGUCGCAAUUCUAACUGUCCUAGCUUAGUCGAAAGAGUGAUUUCUAGUUCGUAAGUACGUUCCAAAUCGAGGGUGCUCACCCAGAGCAGCGAUCGUUGACACAGUAUUCCAUAUAUACACAAACACACACUUACUAAUGUUACUACGA